AUGUCAACUGUUGGAGGAUUUGUAAACAUCGCCAUACUCCUACUGGUUUCCAUGGUGAUUUGCUCGUCAUUAGCAGCCCAGAUCAACAUACAGGAUCGAUGUAAAUACAAGAGCCCUUAUUGGCCACCGUGCGGAAUUUGCUGUCAAAAAGCGCAAAUCGUAUGUAACACAUACUGCAAAGGUUGUCCAGCGUGGAAGAACAAGCAACCUUGCUUUGUACAUCUAAAUAAUACGAACUAUAUGAAAUAUUUUUACACAAAGGACUGUCACAAAAAAUGCGGAUUGACAAAAUCUGGCCGCGAGCUUGAGAAUGAUGCUUUCUAUUUCUUCUCGAAAAUGGUACCGAAUUACUUGCGUCAAGACGACGAAGAGUUGAUGGAUAAAUUUAACUAA